UAUAUCGAGGGGAGCUGUCCCAGUGCUGAAAACAGAAGAGAUCCGCACCGCUACGGAGGAGAUGCCAUACACCUUCACUGCUGUCUGAGCUUUAUUGCCAAAGGUAAUAAAUAGCCUAUAAUGCUGCAUUUCCACCACAAGUUGCCCGCGGGAGGAGCCGUGGUUCUGCUCGCCUUCCUCCUCCAUGGGUGCGCCGUGCAGGCUGCAUCUCUCCCGCGCCACUACAGGCUCCGAGGCGGGGAGAGUGAGGGGCAGCCGGUUGCCUACCCACCCAGUUCCGACCUGAUCAAAGCGCUGGAGUACAUUGAGAACCUGAAGCAGCGGAACGGGGGCCGACCUGAACCUGUGGAUUACGACGAAGUGGACAAGUUCAGGGUCCUGCUUCAGCUCGCCUCCCAGCAGGAUGAGAGUCCCGGGGACCGUCAGCCCGCGCCCGGCAUGCAGAGGCAGGACAUUACUGCUGAGCAGCUGAUGAAAGCCCUGCUCAAGUCUCUCCAGGAUCAGGCCGGGAAAGACGCAAAGCUCAGCCCCGCAUCGGCUCCCAGGAACGACCACCGCACGCACAGGCACCGCACCAAAGACACAGAUGUCUCCGAGAGCGCACCGGCUGACUACGGUAAUUUCCCCAGAGCCCACAAGAAAUACCCACUGAUGUUUGAAGAUGAGGAGAACGCAGACGCCUCCAAGCGGGCCACAGAGGACCUGGACGAACAGUACACACCCCAGAGCCUCGCCAACUUACGCUCCAUAUUUGAAGAGCUUGGGAGGAUGCCCACAGUCGCCGGCCAAAAAAGAAACGUGUUCGGAGACGACGACGAAGAGGAAGAGGGCGGAUUCAACCUGAGAAACCAGGCCUACGAGGAUGUCGCUGGAGGAGAGGAGUGGGUCCCCGUGGAGGAGAGAGAGGAGACGGAGGAGAUGGUCAACAGGAGCCAUGAAGAAAUGGACAGGGCUCUCGGUGACCAGGAGGAAACAGAGAGGGAGGAGAUGCAACGCCGGGCGAGCCAGAACCAACAGGAUGCCGAUGACGACACCAAACUGGUAGAUUACUACUUGUUGAAGGUCCUGGAGAUGAGCGAUCAGACGCAGAAGAGGGAUAAGACCGGAGAGCAGAGAAAGAGACUGAUCCGCCCCUCCAUCGUGGAUCCUCGCACAGUGAAGGAGUUGCUGGAGCUCUCUCUGAAGCUCCACGUCCCUCCUCAGGACCUUAUCGAUAUGCUGCUCACGGAGGAGCUCAGGAAGCUCCACCGCGAUCCCCAGGGCUCAGCUCGCUACACCACCGGCCAGACCCCCAAGAUCAGGUACUUCAGCCGCAGGCUUCCACUGAAGAACAAGCCCGCGCCAGAGGACAUGGACCGAGAGGACUUUUUAGACAUCAUCGGCGUGGAGACUAUCAGUAACGAAUAUCCUGUGGUGCAGAGACCCCUGAAGACGUCUCCUUCCUCGGACAGAAUUCCACUGGCGUCCAAUCCUGCUGCAAAUUCAGCUCCGGUUAAAAUCCCUCCUCCCUCCGGACGCAGGGAGAACCUGUUUCUGUCCGAGCUCAACAAAAUGCCACUGAAACGCCAGGCUGACGGUGCUGCUGAUGAUGAUGAAGACGAUGAUGAUGGCGACGUGGAAGACGAGGUGACCACGUACCUGGCAGCUAAAAUCCUCACAGAGUACCCCAACACCAUCACCAAGCGGGACACCCAGGCGCAACUGAAGAGCCAGUUCCCCUACGAGCUGUACGAGCGGGCCCUGAAGGACUACUUGGGGCAAGAGGACAAUGAAAAGAGGCCAGUGGCCAAGAGGGAAACCGAGGUGGCCACAGAGGAGAAAGUUAAUCCCACAGAGAUGCAGGGGAAAGAGGAGCUAACGGCCAAAACCUCGGCUCCACAGACCGUUAAGGAGGAAGAGGAGAAGGAGCACCGUGAAAAAACAGCGGCUGGGAUGUAGCCUGAUGCCCUGCAAGACGCACGAAAUUAUGAAUAUAGUAUUUAUACUGUCUCGAAAAUAACGUUUGGUGGACGUGAUAUAGUUUACAAAUUUCUAUUAUAUGAACUAUAGCUGGUAUUACUGAUAUCACCCUAACAAAAAUGAACUAUAGAAAUCUUAUAAGGGUCAGAUACAUUUUUAAAAUAAGUCCCUACUUGCUGCAAGAACCCUGCAAUAGAAAUAUUGUAGCGUUAUCAUAGGAGAUUAAAGGUGCAUUCCGUGCACCGAUGAGGAAAUAAAAAGGUAUCCUUAAAAACAUUUCGAUUCUGUCGUGAAUCUUCUGACACUCAAAUUGCCUCUAAAUACAUCGACUAACAUCAAACCAUAAUACAAUCCAAGCUAUUAAAAUUGUGUGAUGCUGUUAAAGGUUUGUUUACAUUAAUGGUGUUUGUAAAUGGCACAAAACAGGCCUAUAUUUUCAAUUAUAAUCAACUGAGUAAAGGUUUAAAAAAAAAAAAAAGCUUGUUUUUCCAUCAAUGGCAAACUAUUUACUUACACAUGUGAAUAUAUCUGUGAAAUAUAAAGUAUAAUGCUGACUGGGCCUUUAGAACAAAAGCAUAUAGUGUAACGACAGGAGUAGUAUAGGAAUAUUAGAGAUUUUUCUUUAGGGCAGUUGGUUGAGCUGAGAACAGGUGUUGUUGUGACUCUUGAUAUAUUCAGGGUAAGUGAAUUUAAUGUUAUUAUUAUGGAUAACUAUUUCCAAAUCUAAAUAUCAGACCGUUGCCUGCCUUCCGACCCUUUCAUACUGCGAAGCUCUGUAUCGUUGGCCUACCAGUGGUUGUGCUAUGUAUGCUCAUUUUUAAACCAUUUUGUACAUGUUCAAUAAUGUGUGAUGAAUCACAGAUGAAUAAAGCAUCAGCUGUAUUAUUUUUCUU